AUGAGUAGUCCAAUUACAAAAUUCCUCAUUCAGGGUGACGUAGCUGGCAAGGGAGCGUCAAAUCGUCUGCUUAAGGAAAAUCUUAGACAGAAGAAUAUUUUUGCUGAUAGUGGAUGCAGUUGGAUUAAAGAAGAAUCUCUCACACGACAUCAAAAAACUCGCAGCCAUCAAAAAGCUGCCAAAGGAAAAUCAAUUAACCAGACAGAUCUAUUGAGUAGUUUUUCAAUUCAAUUUGGUGAAGAUAAGGUGAAAAUUAUUUGUCAAAUGCGAUCUGCCCACUUUUUGGCUAAGCAUCAUCUCGCUCUUGAAAAAUACUCUGAACUUUGUCAUUUGGUGGAUUAUUCACAUGCCAAUUAUAAUUGUAUCAUAUUGGAUAGUCAACCAUAA